AUGAUAAUCAUAUGUAUUAUCAUCUUAUCAUCACCAUCAAUAACAUUUGUACAGGGAAAUGAUAAAACAGUGAUAACGUUAAAAGAUUUAACCGAAGCAGUUAUCGAACGAAGUUGUUUAUGCGAACAAAAUGUUAAAAAUUUCAAAAAAAGCGAUGACUAUUUGCUAUUAUUGUUGAAAAUUUCAUCAGUUCGAAUUGUAAGCACAUUACAAAAUAUUGCUCAUCAUGUCAACGCAGAAAUUACUUAUCUCAUUGAAUUAAGUCGGUGGAAGUUAUUUGAAGAAAUGUCAAAAUAUUUUCCACGACUAUUUGGUCAAUCAUCUGUAAUCGAUUCUUUCGAUGCCCUUAUUGAUAAUAUUCGUAAUCAGCUUUUCAUCACCACGGAUAUUUCACCACAACAAAUAAAGAAUGAAAUUGAAAAAAUGGUACAAAAAUUCUUCAUUCAACUUAUUCCGCCAACGUUUCUUUGCAUAACAACAGGUCCAUGUAAAUCAGUAUCACAGUCAUAUGCCAACUGCUUGCAAAAUAAUUCACCGUUUUGGCGUGCAUUCUUCGGAAUGGAACCUGGUAAAAUAAGUGCCAUUUUAUGGCAAGCAAUUAUGAAAUAUCGCUUAAUGGAAAGUACCAUCGAUAAAUUGCACAGAUUAGCUAUGGAAGUUGAAGUUGUUAAUAAUUCAUGCAUAAUACAGCAUGCAAAUAUGAUGACAACUUGUUCAUCACUUUGUAUUCCAAUGAAAAAAGAAAUAAACGAUUACUGCAGUGAUGAUUGCAAGCAUGUAAUGUAUGAAUGUUUGCAUGAAAGUGCAAGUGAUUGGGAUAGUUUUAUACCAAUUUUGCAAAAAUUGACUGUCAAUUUCGACAAAGGUUUCGCUGAGCUUGAAAAAGGUAUCAUUCGAUCAAUUUCAUAUGCAAUGGAAAUGAAAGCUCCAGUGAUUGCUAAAACAGUACUAAAGAAAUGUGGUCGAAUUAAUUUUGCUAAAACACCAGAUACCAUUCGACAUAUUGAUUAUCACAAGCCGGAUCCUGUACAGCGACGAGCAGUAUUCAUGAUUCGACAGUUUACGAUUUAUGUUGGUUGGUGGCGACAACUUGUCAACAAUAUUUGUAAUCAUCCAUUACGAACACUGGAAUGCUGGAACAAUACUGUUUCUAUUGACGUUAGGUAA